AUGCCAGCUGGGGGCCGGGCCGGGAGCCUGAAGGACCCCGAUGUGGCUGAGCUCUUCUUCAAGGAUGACCCUGAAAAGCUCUUCUCUGACCUCCGGGAAAUUGGCCACGGCAGCUUUGGGGCUGUGUACUUUGCCCGGGAUGUCCGGAACAGCGAGGUGGUGGCCAUCAAGAAGAUGUCCUACAGUGGGAAGCAAUCAAAUGAGAAAUGGCAGGACAUCAUUAAGGAGGUGCGCUUCCUACAGAAGCUCCGGCAUCCCAAUACCAUUCAGUACCGGGGCUGUUACCUGAGGGAGCACACAGCAUGGCUGGUGAUGGAGUAUUGUCUGGGUUCAGCUUCUGAUCUUCUAGAAGUGCACAAGAAGCCGCUGCAGGAGGUGGAGAUCGCAGCGGUGACCCACGGGGCACUUCAGGGCCUGGCCUAUCUACACUCCCACAACAUGAUCCACAGGGAUGUAAAGGCUGGGAACAUUCUGCUGUCAGAGCCAGGCCUGGUGAAGCUGGGGGACUUCGGCUCCGCAUCCAUCAUGGCACCCGCCAACUCCUUCGUGGGCACCCCGUACUGGAUGGCACCAGAGGUGAUCCUGGCCAUGGAUGAAGGGCAGUAUGACGGUAAAGUGGACGUCUGGUCCCUGGGGAUAACCUGCAUCGAGCUGGCGGAACGGAAACCACCACUGUUUAACAUGAAUGCGAUGAGUGCCUUAUACCACAUUGCACAGAAUGAGUCCCCCGUGCUCCAGUCAGGACACUGGUCUGAAUACUUCCGGAAUUUUGUCGAUUCCUGUCUCCAGAAAAUUCCUCAAGACAGACCGACCUCUGAGGUUCUUCUUAAGCACCGCUUUGUGCUCCGGGAGCGGCCACCCACAGUCAUCAUGGACCUAAUCCAGAGGACGAAGGAUGCCGUGCGGGAGCUGGACAAUCUGCAGUACCGCAAGAUGAAGAAGAUCCUCUUCCAGGAGGCACCGAAUGGCCCUGGCGCAGAGGCCCCGGAGGAAGAGGAGCCCACGCCCUGUUCGCAGGAGGCGGAGCCCUACAUGCACCGGGCUGGCACGCUGACCAGUCUAGAGAGUAGCCACUCAGUGCCCAGCAUGUCCAUCAGCGCCUCUAGCCAGAGCAGCUCAGUCAACAGCCUGGCAGAUGCUUCAGACAAUGAGGAGGAAGAAGAGGAGGAAGAGGAGGAGGAGGAGGAAGAGGAAGGCCCGGAAGCCCGAGAGAUGGCCAUGAUGCAGGAGGGGGAGCACACUGUCACCUCGCACAGCUCCAUCAUCCAUCGGUUGCCGGGCUCCGACAACCUGUAUGAUGAUCCCUACCAGCCAGAAAUGGCCCCAAGUCCUCCCCAGCCACCUGCAGCCCCAGCUCCUGCCGCCACCACCUCCUCUGCCCGCCGCCGGGCCUACUGCCGCAACCGGGACCACUUUGCUACCAUCCGCACUGCCUCCCUGGUCAGCCGGCAGAUCCAGGAGCAUGAGCAGGACUCAGCCCUGCGGGAGCAGCUGAGUGGCUACAAGCGGAUGCGGCGGCAGCACCAGAAACAGCUACUGGCACUCGAGUCGCGACUGAGGGGCGAGCGUGAGGAGCACAGCGCACGCCUGCAGCGGGAGCUUGAGGCCCAGCGGGCAGGCUUUGGGGCCGAAGCAGAGAAGCUGGCACGCCGGCACCAGGCCAUCGGGGAGAAGGAGGCGCGCGCGGCCCAGGCUGAGGAGCGCAAGUUCCAGCAGCACAUCCUAGGCCAGCAGAAGAAGGAGCUGGCCGCCCUGCUGGAGGCGCAAAAGCGCACCUACAAGCUGCGCAAGGAGCAGCUGAAGGAGGAGCUCCAGGAGAACCCCAGCACCCCGAAGCGGGAGAAGGCUGAGUGGCUGCUGCGGCAGAAGGAGCAGCUGCAGCAAUGCCAGGCGGAAGAGGAGGCUGGCCUGCUGCGGCGGCAGCGCCAGUACUUUGAGCUGCAGUGCCGCCAGUACAAGCGCAAGAUGCUGCUGGCUCGCCACAGUCUGGACCAGGACCUAUUACGAGAGGACUUGAACAAGAAGCAGACACAGAAGGACUUGGAGUGUGCAUUGCUGCUCCGGCAGCAUGAGGCCACGCGGGAGCUGGAGCUGCGGCAGCUCCAGGCCGUGCAGCGUACCCGGGCUGAGCUCACCCGCUUGCAGCACCAGACGGAGCUAGGCAACCAGCUGGAGUACAACAAGCGGCGUGAGCAAGAGUUACGGCAGAAGCACGCGGCCCAGGUUCGCCAGCAGCCCAAGAGCCUCAAAGUACGUGCAGGCCAGCGCCCCCUGGGCCUCCCGCUCCCCACUCCUGGUGCUCUGGGACCACCCAGCCCAGACAUGCCUAGCCAAGAGCAACUCUGCUCAGCUGGCCACGAGGCAGUCCUGGACCAAAGGAUGUUGGGAGAGGAGGAGGAAGAGGAGGAGGAAGCCGUUCCAGAGAGGAGGAUUUUGGGAAAGGAAGGGAGCACCUCGGAGCCAGAGGAGCAAGGGACCUGGGGGGAAGAGUCAGUAGCCUGUAACCCUAGCCCCCAGAAACAUGGGAAUCUAGUCGAUGAGGCAGUUUGGGAUCCACCUGAGGAUAAUGGGGAGGAACUCAGGGUCUUGUCCGUGUCGCCUGAGGAGAGGAGCAUUGUGGGCCAGGAGGAAGCCGGGGUGUGGAGGGUGUGGGAGAAGGAUGAGGGCCUUCUGGAGGAGGAGCUGGAGCUUGGCUGGGACCAGGGCCCGCCACUGACUCCUGUCCCUGAGGAGGAAGAGGAGGAGGAGGACGGGGCUCCUGUUGGGACCCCCAGGGACCCUGGAGAUGGCUGUCCGUCUCCAGACAUCCCUCCUGAGCCCCCUCCACCCCAUCUGCGGCCUGGCCCUGUUAGCCAGCUGCCUGGACUCUUGUCGCACGGCCUCCUGGCCGGCCUGUCCUUUGCAGUGGGCUCAUCCUCUGGUCUUUUGCCCCUACUGUUGCUGCUGCUGCUCCCCCUCCUGGCGGCCCAGGGUGGGGGAGGCCUGCAGGCAGCGCUGCUGGCCCUGGAGGUGGGGCUAGUUGGCCUGGGGGCCUCCUACUUACUGCUGUGUACUGCUCUCCACCUGGCCCCAAGUUUGUUCCUGCUCCUCGCCCAGGGCACUGCCCUGGGAGCCGUUCUGGGACUGAGCUGGCGCCGAGGCCUUCUGGGUGUGCCUUUGGGCCUGGGAGCCGCCUGGCUCCUAGCAUGGCCAGGCUUGGCUCUACCUCUGGCAGCUGUGGCCGCAGGGGGCAAAUGGGUGCAGCAGCAGGGCCCCCGCAUGCGCCGGGCUGUCUCCCGACUUUGGCUGCGGAUUCUGCUACGCCUGUCACCCGUGGUCUUUCGGGCCCUGCAGGGCUGUGGGGCUAUAGGGGAUCGGGGCCUGUUUACACUCUACCCCAAGACCAACAAGGAUGGCUUCCGCAGCCGCCUGCCUGUCCCUGGGCCCCGGCGAGCUCAUGCCCGCUCCUUCCAUCCACUAGCCCUGUUGGCCAAGGUUUGGGCCUUGUGCAAGGGCUGGAACUGGCGCCUGGCACGGGCCAGCCAGAGUUUAGCUUCCCGCUUGCCCCCUUGGGCUAUCCACACACUGGCCAGCUGGGGCCUGCUGCGGGGUGAACGACCCAGCCGGAUUCCCCGGCUACUGCCACGCAGCUUGCGCCGACUGGGGCCCCCAUCCUCCCGCCAGCCUCCGCCAGGGAGUGUGGCUGGGCGGAGAGCCCGAGCCCGCCCAUCCCGGGCCCUGCCUCCCUGGAGGUAGGCAGCCCAACCCCACUGCUGAGCAUCGAGCACUUUAUCUGCCACCACUCAGCAAAGUUUUGCAGCCCCAAGUCCUCUCAGGCCCACCCUCAGGCCUCUGGAGAGGCAGUCGCCUCCCUGGGGAGCCUAGAGGUUCCCCUUUGUGUUCUGACCCCCCUAAGUUAUUGCUGUCCUCCCGUUGUGUGUGUGCUCAUCCUCACCCUCAUCAACUCGGGCCUGGGACCAGGGGGCACUGGAGGGUGGGGGAGAGUCAUGGUUUUUUUGUUUUCUCCUCUUUGAUUUUGUUUUUCUGUCUCCCUUCCAACCUGUCCCCUUCCCCCUACCAAAAAAAAAAAAAAGACAAAGACAAAGACAAACACAAAUAAAAUAUCUGAGCGGAA